AUGCUCCAAAAUAUAGACGAUAACGUACCUAAUUUAGAAAAUGUUGUUAAUAUGAAUAGCUCUUCAACCGAUGAUACAAUGAGAUUGGCCGCAAUCACAAGGAAAACUGCACCUCCCUUGAAUUUGGAACGUGAACGCCGUAUGGAGGAAUUAUGUUGGUAUUUUCUUUUUCCAAAUGGCAGGAAUGGCUUUGGCGAGGAAAGAGAAAAUGCGUGUACCCCCCUUGAUUACUUUCAAAACCGGGUAAUGAGUAUUGACAAGAGGUUCAACAGAAAUGAUUAUUUAUUUUAUGCUCUAUCCAUUGUUGAAUAUUUUCGUGCAAAAUCAAGCGUAUCUGUGUCAUGUAGGAUGCGACAAGGUCAUGGAGAGCAAACACCACAGGGACUUGUAGAUAAUAUGCAUCUCACUGAGAAAUAUUCGAGGAUCGGCAUCAUAUUGGCAGAAAUGUUGCUCUGA